GCCGGCCGAAAAGACGAGGCAUCCGUAUGUCUCACACGAAGAAGAAACCCAUCCGGGGCAGCCGCAGCUAGCUAGCAGACAACGUAAACACUACAACAUCUUUGGGUAGAUUGGGCUAUUUCAGCAGUUUAGCUUUUGUUUUCUUUGCCGCAGUUUUUUGCAGAAUAACUGGGCGAUGCGGUAGUUUAGCCUUAAAGUCUUAUGGUGAGCCAUGUUUGUUUGGAUCUCGGAAUAACCAAGGCCUUGAAGUUGCCCUGCUAACGGAUGCCCAUGAUUCAGCUGGAGAAACCGGUGCUGACUGGUACCAUGCCUGUGGUAUGGCCCACCAUCCUUGACCUGGGCAGGGAUGAGUGCAAAAGAAUUCUCCGUAAACUUGAGCUGGAGGCUUAUGCUGGGGUUAUCAGUGCCCUGCGAGCCCAAGGAGACCUGACAAAGGACAAGAAGGAUCUGCUCGGAGAACUCACUAAAAUCCUUGGUAUCUCAACAGAGCGCCAUCGUGCAGAAGUCCGCAGGGCUGUCAAUGAUGAACGCCUCACCACCAUCGCAUAUCAUAUGUCAGGUCCUAACAGCUCGUCCGAAUGGUCCAUUGAAGGACGGCGGCUUGUUCCCUUGAUGCCGAGGCUGGUCCCUCAGACAGCCUUUACUGUGACUGCUAAUGCUGUGGCCAGUGCUACAGCCAAUCAGAAUGCCUCCCUUCUGUUGCCAGCUGAAACGGGAAACAAAGAAGUGGUUGUAUGUUACUCCUACACAAGCACCACCGGCACCUCAACCAGCGCUACAGCGACCAGCGGCACCAUAGGAGCAACUGUAAAAUCACCACGACCACCCAGUCCUUCAUCCAACGUUGUGGUGUUGCCCAGCGGGAGCACCGUCUAUGUAAAAAGUGUGAGCUGUUCCGACGAGGAUGAGAAGCCUCGCAAGCGAAGGCGGACAAACUCGUCCAGCUCGUCGCCGGUGAUGCUGAAGGAGGUUUCCAAGGUGUCUCCGCCGAUAUCCAAGAACAUCACUGUACCGGUGAGCGGCAGCCCCAAGAUGAGCAACAUCAUGCAGAGCAUCGCCAACUCGCUGCCGCCCCACCUGUCCCCCGUCAAGAUCACAUUCACUAAGCCCACCAUCCAGACCACCAACACCACCACGCAGAAGGUGAUAAUCGUGACAACAUCUCCCAGCUCCAACUUUGUGCCCAACAUCCUGUCCAAGUCUCACGCUCACAACAACGCCGCUCUGUCCAAGCUGAUCUCCACCUCCAUGCUGACCGCUCCCACCCAGAAACAGACGGUGGUCUUCCCAGCCAGCGUCAGCCCUUCCUCCAACACCAUCGCAGUGACCACAAUGGUCUCCUCUACUCCUUCAGUGGUCAUGUCAACAACAUGUGCCUCUUCAGCUGGGGUGAAGGUGGCUUCAGCCAGACUUCCUUCACCUAAGACCCUGGUGGGGUCGCCAGCUCAGAUCCUGGCCCAGUUCCCCAAACAGCAGUCACCCAAACAGCUGCAGCAGAGCUCAUCUAUGGGAGUUUGUAGUGUCAGCCAGACCCAGACCACCAGCACCUCACCGGGCUCCAAACCCACCAUUCAGAUCAAACAAGAGUCGGGGGUCAAGAUAAUCACUCAGCAGGUUCAGCCCAGCAAAAUCCUACCCAAGCCAUCAUCCGUGGCUUUGUCCAGCAGCAGCUCAUCCCCCAUCAUGGUCGUCAGUAGCAACGGAGCCAUCAUGACCACCAAACUGGUCACUCAGGCCACAGCUACCCAGGCCACCUAUACGAGACCGACUGUUAGCCCCAGCCUCGGCGCCAGAAUAUCAGCCGCCGGCGGGGGGACCACCUACGUCAAGACCACCAGCGGCAGCAUCAUCACAGUGGUGCCCAAGUCUCUGGCCACUCUGGGCGGGAAGAUCAUCAGCAGUAACAUCGUCUCCGGCACAACGACUAAGAUCACCACCAUCCCAAUGAGCUCCAAGCCAAACGUCAUCGUGGUUCAGAAAACCACUGGAAAAGGAGCAACCAUCCAAGGACUACCUGGCAAAAAUGUGGUCACCACGCUUUUAAAUGCUGGGGUGUCGCCAAAGUUAGAAAACUUCAUAUCCUACAUAAAGGGUGAGAAGGGCCUGCAGGCUGUUCAGGGGACCAAACCAGCAAUCAUUACUGCCUCCAGACCCAUUACCAAGAUGAUCGUCACCCAGCCCAAAGGCAUGAGCUCUGGAUCCCAGUCCACCGCCACAAAGAUCAUCCCAACCAAGAUCGUCUACGGCCAGCAGGGCAAGACACAGGUUCUCAUUAAGCCUAAGCCAGUCUUCCAGACGGCGGUCGUGAGCGAACACACCAGGCAGCUGGUCACUGAGGCGCUGCAGCAGGUGACCCGCUCAGCAGAAAUCGGGCAGGGUCAGACCUCAGGCCAGGACGGGUCCCCAAAGGAAGAUGCCGGCAGCUUAGCCACCGAGUUCUCCCAUGGCAGCGCUCAAGAGUCUCAGCCUGUAGUGCACGUGGUAUCCUCCAGAGAGCAGGAUUGGACAGAACAGGAAGUAUCUGUGGAGUCCAGCCCCACUAUUAUCUACCAGGAGGUGUCUGGUGGGGAAUCCCAGUCCGCCACUUCCACCAUCAAAGCGCUGUUGGAGCUUCAGCAGACAACAGCAGUGAAGGAGAAGGGAGAGCCCAAACCCAGGCAGCACACCAUCGACCUGAGCCAGAUGGCCGUGCCCAUCCAGCUGGCCCAGGAGAAGAAGCCCAGCCCGGAGUCCCCCAGGCCCUCCACCUCAGAGGCUGAGCCCAGUACUGAGUACGUCACAGCAGGUAAAGUCAGCAGCAGAGUGGUAGUGCCCUCGGAGGAUGAUAACGUGGUCAUGUCCUCCAGCCAGCAGCUAGGGAAGCCUCCCAAAAUCAGCAGCCAGGCUACCGUGGUAACCAAACCAGCUGCUACCGUCCUCUCUGCAGCUUCCCACGUCAGCCACAUGCCCUCUGACAGCCAUGGUAAAACAGAAACUGUGUUAGAGGUGGGCGAGCUGGAAGGCGACACCUUGGACCCCCAAACAGGCUUGUUUUACCGCUCCAGCCAACCAACUACAGAUCCCAUAAAGCAAACCACCCACUCCGCAGCCGCUCAGCCGCCUCCCUCGAGCCAGGCAGAGGCUGAGCAGAGCCGCCACAGCUCCGCCUACACUCAGCCGCCACUGCCUCCACCACAACUGCAUAGCAAACCUCAAAUCAGCCAGCCUUCCUCUUCCUCCGCCAUCUUCCCCUCUACUCUUCCUCCGACUAAGAAACUCCCAAAACUACGAGAGCAGAGUCAGCCCAAACCCCAGGCCUUAACCCAGAGCCCCAAAGACAGACUCCUGACUGCACCAGUCCAAGCUGGGGCAAAGGUCACGGCCCUGGCCACACCAACCAAGCCCCUGUUGACGCCGCAGCUUCCGAAGCUCCAGCAAGCACCCACAUCUCACCACAGACCCCUGCACACACCCAUGUCCCACCCUCCUCCACUGCAGGCACACCACCCUGUCAGCAGUGAAAAGACUGCCUCCAGCCAGCAGCCAAUCAUCACACAGAGCGCCACCGUCACCAAGAUCACCUUUGGCAGCUCCCACCAUUCAUCGCCAGUCUUUAGCAGCGGUGAGGCCACCGCCAAACUGAUUCCCGAGUCCAGCUCCAGGCCCUCGGGAGACAAGCCCUCGGUGUCAGACAUCCUGAAGAUUUCCAUGAUGGAAGCGGAGAUCGAUCCAAGCACAGAGCCCAUGGUGGUGGAUUCCUCCAGCGACUGCGGCCCUCUGGGGAAAGCCAUGGAGGUCCAGGCCGUGUCAGGCACACUGGACUCGGGCCAGUUCAUCAGCAGCUCUGGAGCUUCCAUGCAUCAUCCCCUCACAAAACCCCAGCAGUUCAGCUGCAUGCAAGGCCUCACAGCACAGAGGGGCAAAGAAGACCUAGAGAUCAUUGAGGUGAUUCCUCAGUACUCCAUCCUGCCAGACUCCAGCCAAUCCAACGUGGUGGUGGAGCCCAGCGGCUUCCUGGAGAUCACCAAUUACACCAGCCAGCAGCUGGAGGAGGAUAGCCCCAUGGAGCAGGAGGUGGACAGCAGCAACGAUGAGGCCACAGCAGCCAGUCCCCCCAACCAACCAUAGCCACGCCAAGCUGGAGGUCACAGAUGGUUUGUGGCCUCAAACCAAGUGGACAAAGACUUUGUGGCCGUUUUCUUUUGUGCAAGAGCAUAAAUGCUUUCUCUUUUUUGUAAAAUAUUAGUUUGUUCAUAAUAAGUAUUCUUUUCCCUCCCCACAACUAGUGGCACAUAUGGUUUUUAUUGCCAGUGAGGAGCGCUGGAUGUGAAAUGUAGGAACGAGGUGAAAGGAUUAGUUUUAGUGCAGCCCCAGACAGUUGGAAAGCAGCCUCUCCAAACAAACUUUCUAGGACAGUUACACAUUCAUGAAAUUGAUUAUUUGGAGUUUUUGGCAGUGCCUUGUGCCACUGUACAUACAGCCGGAUCAAACCACUGCAGGCCUGCAUUUAUGUUAAAUGUCCAGAAUAUUUCAAAUAUAUGUUCCCCAAUGUUUUGUACAAAGUGACUUUUCUGUUAUUGGACAUCUUCUUUUGAUGAUCUGAAGGUUUUACCACCACAUGAACAGUAUUUUCUCUUGACUGAGGUGCAGCUUUGUAACAGUAAAAUCUCUUAAACGCUUAUGGGAUCGAAGUUUUCAGAAGAGAGAACAAAGCUGUAGCAGAUUGAAAUUGCUGCACAUGAACAUAAACCAGAAGAGCCCUGGAGGAAGGAUAACAUAUGUGUUACUGUUCAUUGUAACUGAUAUUAUGCUUUAAAAAAACUAUGUACCGUUUUUUGAUUUAUUCUGGAGCUCAAAAAGUUGCUGUGAGACUUUAACUAAGUAUGCAUUUGCUUAUGCAUAGUGUGUUUAAGUUACACAUUUAUUUUAUACCUUUUCAAACUAGAUGACUAGUUGAGAAAAAUCAUUUAACCUGCACAAUAAAUCCGCUGAGUAGAACA